GUGGCCGUACACGGCCCGCUGACCAACAGCCGAUUCGUGGCACUUCGUUCGGCCAAGCCGGGUCACAAUGAAUGUCCACCUGCAGUGCUUGUUUGUGAACACCUUGUUUUUCGUCGUGGGAGCACACCGCCGUCCAAAAAUAAUGUUGCCCGGUUCCACCACGUUACUGCAGUUUCCUCGUUGCAGCGACGCCGGCGAUAUCGUGGAAGGCUGCCUAGACAGAAUGACGAGGUUUCUUGCCAAAUCUCGGCGUGGUCAUUCAAAGGAUAUAGCACAUGACAAGAUGAAGAACUUUUUGCAAGAAUCUGCAGAUUUUCAUAACUGCCUUCUGCAUAGGCAAGAGCUCACUCUUCGAGAAUACGGGGCAUGGUGCGAGCACAAAUCGUCCGUGGCACGAAAAGUCGCUGUUUGCUUCCGAUACCUCAUUGACAAGCAUACGCAGUCUAUAUCCAAGUCUGCCGUGACAAAGGGGAUCGAGAGACUUCAGGAUUGCAUCCUAAAUGAACAAGAUGAAUCAGUGGAGGACACUACGGAGGACACUACGGAGGAGUUACUUAGGCCUAAGAGGAACAUUUAUAAAAGAAGAAAGCCCAUCAAAGUACCACAGGAAAAAGACGAAAUGGAGGACCCGGCCAACUUUGUUGUCAUGGAGCAAGAAGACGACAGACCACGGACCCCCUCGCGGUGGCCGAAGUCAAACAGGAAACACAAUCACCGACGAAGCCCAGGCUACGUGCCUCAUGUGCCUCAUAGGCGACCGGAGUCGGAACAGCCGCAAGGGGCAUACGGUGGAGGGUUGUGGUCGUACCCACUCCACGACCAGACCUACUAUUACCCGAGGCGCGAGAAAGGCCUGGGCAAUGAGACUACACAGUCUGCGAAUAAGGCAGCUGGAACACCGCCAACGACCAUACAUAUGCUGGGGCCGAAAACAAAGCCACCUGCCACGACGCCUUCGGCCACCGAACCCCCUGCCACGACUCGGAAGUGAAUCCCCACUGGGGGGACCACUGCGCUCCCUACCAAUGCUGGUAGGGAGCGCAGCCUCACCGCCGACAGCGCAUGACGUCGUCUUCAGCGUGGUUGAUUACCACAGAUGUGCAGAGUCGACAGAGGCUUUCGUGGUAUUAUUAUUUUUUUUGCGGAAGAUGCUAAAUAAAAUUAGUGCGAUCGA